AUGACACCACGUCCUUCAAAAGUUGCCUUCGUGACGGUUGGUGCUACUGCACCAUUUGAUGAUCUUAUCGCGGCCUCCCUAUCCUCCACAGUGAUCGCUACGCUUAGUUCACUAGGAUACACGGACCUUCGCAUACAAUUUGGCACAGGCCGGCAGGUUUUCGAGCAACGUCUCUCUGCGACUAUUGGAUCAAGACACAGCGUUAGUGUCAGUGGAUUUGAUUUUGCUGAGAGUAUAAGAGAGGAGAUUGCAGCGGCUGAUUUGGUCAUCUCACAUGCUGGUUCGGGAUCAAUAUUAGAUGCAUUACGCUAUCAAAAAAUCUUGAUCGUGGUUCCCAAUGAAAGCUUAAUGGAUAACCACCAAAAAGAGCUCUCUGAAGAGCUCGAAAGGCAGGGCUAUCUCAUCGAGGGUCAUGUUGAGGAUCUACAGAAUGCCAUUUAUAAGGCUGAGAAGGCUGAGUUCACACACUUCCCAGAGAACGGGAGCAAGAAGUUCAUUAAGCUUGUAGACGAAGAGAUGGGGGUGCUGAGUUUAGAUUGA